AUGAUUCCCAGGCUGCUUCAACGUCUCAGCACACCUAUUAUAGCGUCUUCGCUCUCUAAGGAACAGUUGUGCGUGUCGCUUGCAGCCGUAGCUCAACUAAAACCGUUUCGUUUGUUUCCAUGUACCGCAUCGCAUCCUCCUUCAGUUAAUGCGCUAGACUUCAAGGAAACGGAUGCCGCUGCGUUGGUAACCCAGUGCAUUCGUCUCAUUCCACAGUGCACUUUUAUGGAGCUCGGCAUGAUCAGCCGUGGGGCAUCUACAUUGCGAUGGCAUUCCCCUUCGCUAGUAGAGCAAUUGUCUAAGCAGAUUCAUCAAGGUUUCGAAAACAUUCAUCAAUCUCGAGGACGACUUCGUCUAACGGAACUUAUGCGUGUCAUCACCGCCGCUAUUUGCGCUGAGCAAUACUUUAACGUAACACUCUACACAUUCAUCCGUGAUCAUGCCAAAUAUUUGCUUCGAUCGAAAGAGCACCCAGAAACUCUUCUUCACUUUGCAUUUUUGGCCCACAUUUAUCUUGGAGGGCACAAUGAGGCAGUUGACAUCGUCCUCGCCAAACUGCAGGCGGCAUGUCUCAGUGAAGAUCACCGGCGGAGCUUACUACAGAAGUAUGAAUCCUUUGUACACACAAUUUGUGGCAGCUGGGUCGCACACAGGCAGUUUAUCUUGGGCAAGUUUCAGACGAGUUAUGGGAACUGCAGUAAUGACAGCGAACAUGUAUGGGACGCAACGAGAGUACGCGCGCAUGUGUAUCUCUUUCUCCACGACAAAAUUCAGGCUAAUGGUUCUCUAAUAACUAACAAGGAUAUUUCAUUCAAGGACGCGGUGGAAUGUUUGGAGCUGUUGAGCUUUUACAAAAUUGAAGAUCCAGUCGCUUAUUUGGCACUCGAAGAGGUAGUGCUGCACGUAAUACAGCAAAUGGAUGCAACAAACAUGGAGGGUAUGCGCAAGCUCAGUGAAGUGGCAUAUGCUGAUACGCAACGUUUUCACCGCCUGCUCGAUGCAUUGAACAGCAAACUUGAGUCCAGCAACAGCUUAGAGCAAGUUUCCAACGCGUUGAAAGCUUACACAGAGGCUGUCAAUGGAAGACGUGUUCCGGGCAUCAUAUUGCACAGUCUCACAGAGGAGCUGGAUAACGCGCAGCCAGAUCAUGUGGCGUAUACGGCAUGUGUUCUAGCACGUCAAAGCGAGGUUCCGCAUGUCAUUAUGAUACGGUCCCCAUCGGUCGCCAGUUCCCUUACUUUGAGGGGGUUGGCUGCUUUUCUAAGGGCUGCGAAAUGGGAUAGAAAGGGAGCGCUACUGAUUCCCGCCGAGAUGGCCAUGCGCAACCUAGACCUCUCCGUUCUUAACAGCGCACCGCUCCCGUUAUUAUUGGAUUUGGCAGGUGCACUCGAGUUGCCACUAUCGCGUUAUGUCGAUCGACCUCAAGCAUUUGAGGCAGCAGAGAUAUUGUUAAAGCGUCGUUUGGUGGAAAGAAUUGUUGCCGUAUGCAGCUCGCCAUUGCAGCCACUUAUCGACACUAUUUCAGCGGCUAUCCAAACGCUAGAACUUGACACGGAUAAAGCGCUUGUCCAAUUGGCACUCGAUCGUGCCGCAUUAUCCAAAGAGUUCUCAAAUAACGAAUCGAAGGCUAUUAUGCAGCUCUUGAAGCUCGAAAACAACGUGAGCAACUUGGAGCUAAUGGACAAGCUGGCCAUGAGGUUUAAGGCGUUUUUGGACCAGUGCUUCCAAUCAGAUGAGCAUAGCAGCGCAGACGGACACGAGGGUUUACUAGAGAUUGCUGCGUUUCAGGCGGAAUACAAUGCACCUGAGCUGGAGGGCUUAGGGAAGGAGUUCCUGCAUCACGUGGAAAGCGAGGUCAACUCAUGCACACCUGAGUGUCUCAUCGCUGCCGGGAUGCUGGCUAGGCAAGCUCAGAAUUAUGAGAUGAAUUCUCAGAUUCAAACCGUCCUCAUACCGCACGUGCUCAACAAGAGGCUGCGUCUCUCGCUUGUUAUACAUGCAAUCGACCUUGUUUCACCGGUCAUGGAGCCAACUAACAUAAGCUUCACAGCGGCACUGGUGGGCUUCCUUAUGGAUGUUUCCCAAAGCACCAGCUGCGAUUCCGCUGUCGAUCCUUCCCCUAUAGCUCGUCUCUUAAUAUCAUACUGCACGCAGUAUAAGCGGUUGGCUACAGAGGGCCACUUCACCCCCUUUCCCCCAACUCUACUGCAGUUCAUUGCUGAUAACCUUCUGGCGCUUAAACCAGAGAUAUAUGUUGAUCUUUGUCGCUUUAUUUCCUACGGGCGCCUUACUGAAGGAUUCACUGACGAGAUUGUGGAGGUGCUACCACAUCAGUUGGACCGACUCAGAUCCGCGCAAAUCGCGCACUGUGUGUGGGGGAUAGGACAACUGCGCCACGCAGGCCAAAGAUUAAGCCAUCAAAUUGUGAUGGAGAGUGUCUCCGAUUAUGUUGUCGAUAACGUGAAUCUUUUCUGGAGCGGUCCUGACAUAGCACGCAUGUUGGACGGCUUCGCGCGUCUACAUUGCACGAAACGUAGUUUGUACAAUGUCUUUGCAGGCAAGCUUUCUAUGCGUGCAGUGAGGGCAACAAUGAAUCGCGAGUCUAUAACCAUUGCUCUACACGCUUUUGGGAUGGCUAAAUAUCUUGACAAGCCCCUCUUCGAUCGUUUCACGCAAGUUUUGGUUCAAAAUGUGAAGGGCCUUUCCACGCAUGAUAUAUUUUUUUCAGUCCUGUCACAUAGCCGUGUGAUGCUGUUGAACGACAACUUCUAUGAUCAAAUGGGUCAGCAAAUUGUCGCUCGCUCAAGCGAAUUCACCCUUUCCGACAAGUGUGAAUUGAUCAAAGCGUAUGGGCAUGUUGAGAGUGAGAACAAAACGGUGGCUCAGAUCCUUCUGCGAGAUAUCGCACAUGAAAUCCAAAGUAUUCAGAACGUUAAUGACGUAGUGGACGUCCUUAAUGCAUCAUGGCAGAUGAACUACGAUUUUGGACAUGAUGAAAACACAGAAACCCUGGCCUCGUUCGUUAUCGAGAACGCAGAGCAAUUAACCAGUAAUAGCGUAAUCAAGCUGUGUUCUUUAUUUAUAAGUGGCAGUUGGCGGCACGUGCCACUCUUACAGGCUGUGGGAAACCAUUGUGUGUCUUUGGCAAAGCAGCAACAGCUGGAAGCUCCAGCUGGACGGGCAAUGUUGGAUGCGUUUGGGUUUCUCAUGGUUCACCACCCAGUGGCUCGUCAGGAGCUUGCUCAACUUGCGCGAAGUGUAAGUAAGGAGGUUGCGCAGCUUUCUGAGGAAGAGGCAGAGCAGCUUAAGCUGUUAUUAUCGGUGUGA